AUGUCUGAAGCCGGCCAAUCCGUUCACGACUCUCGCGCACCGUCUCCCGUCCCAGCGCCGCCUGCUAAUCCUCCCAGAGCGCACAUUACCCGUGCUGUUCCCGCUGCUUAUGCUGUCUUAAAAUCUCUGCCUCUGCCUCUGAAACUGGCUCGCAACAAGGCCAUUGUGGCAAAAAAUCUCGAGCGCAUCACCAAAACUGCUAAUCAUAGUCUGGAUCCCGCGGCUUUUCCUAUGCCCGGAUCCCCCGAGGCCUCCGUUAUCUCUCUUUCACCCGAUGACGAGGCUCAGCUCAGAAUUCCUGCUAUUGCUAAAAAAUAUCUGGAUAAAGAUGAAAUCCCUGAUUAUCUCAUUGCCUGGCUCUCUGAACAGGACUCCCUUGCCAGAGAACAGAAAAGAUCUAUCGAGGACUCUUCCAUCAAAGACCUCCCUUCCUCUGCUGAGGACAGAAUUGCCAAGCGCAGAUGCAUGCAAGGCUCGUCCCUUUCUAUUCGUGAUCCGAUGGCUCCUACCGUCAUUGCUUUUCCAGAAAUCAUGUUCCAGACGGAAAAAGCUCAGGCUAAUCUCCCUCUUCCCUUUUUCACUCAAAAAAGUCUCCGUUACAUCAUUGACAACCUUGCCAGCCUUCCUAUCAAGAAGUCCAAUUCAAUUUCUCCAGACUCGAAAGCUCUCUACAUCCUCGACAUCGAAAAGCUUACCGCCAAAUUGGGGGAAGAGCUUUCCCUUGAUUUUGGUUCUUUCAUGCAAGCUGCCGAUCAAUAUACCCGCUUUCAGAGGGAGCGCGCUUCUGAUGAUGAGUGGAUUUCCAUUUGGACUGGUCAUUUUUCUUUCUGGAGCUCUCGCCCUGAUUCUGUCGCCCUUUAUCCGGCAUGGAAGGUGGCAGAGUUCAAAUUGCGUCGUGAUACUCACACUUUCCUUCAACGUUUCUCUGUUCUUGACUACGAGACCGCGUUUAACCAUGCUAUCUCGGAGUACAGACAGGCCCAGGCUGCACAAUCUCAGGUGGCAGCCCUCUCCUCCAAACUUGCUUCACUCGAAGAGUCCGUAUCUCGUUUCAAAUCCUUCUCCUCUAAUCGCCGCUCUGGCAAUUCCUCCUCCAACACUCUUUUUCAAUCAGGCAAUAGGUCAUCUACCGGCCCACCUAUCUGCCUCCUUUGUGCAGAGGUCGGUCACUCCCUCGGCUCCCAUCCCAAAGACAAAGUCCCGGCUAAGUUCCCAGAUGGUAAGAAUGCCUGGGCCCACUCCCAAGAUGGGAAACUCCUUGCUCCUGACAACAGAGAAAUCUGUCUUUCCUUUAACAUCAGGGGCCCCAACAACCCUACCCCAUGCGGACACGGCACUGCCCGUUCCCACAUCUGCUGCUUCUGUGGUUCUAAAUCCCAUCACGCUUUCUCCUUCACCUGUCGGGCAAGACCUGCCUACAACUAA